AUGAUUGCACCAACAGCAACGCGUGCGCUGGCACGAGCAGCCCUCUCGAGCACCUCCACCGCCUCAUCAUCCAGCCUCCAGUCUUUGCGUCCAGCGGUACGAUGCAUCUCCUCGAGCUCGACAGUCUCACCAGCACGCACAAAUGCAGCCUCGAGAGCAUCAGCAUCUCGCUCUCUCUCAACUCCGUUCCGCCCCAACUCCUCGCUGCUCUUCCGCCACACACUGCCUAACCCCAUCGCGACGCCCAUCAUGAUCGGCGCCGGCCUCGUCAUUGCCGGUCUCACUGCCAACCUUCUGUUCGGCUCCAAGGCCGGCGCCGGUGCACCUGGCGGCAAGUGGAUCAAGGGCGGCUUCAACGGCAAGAUGGACAAGAAGGAAGCCGCGCAGAUCCUCGGCUUGAGAGAGACCGCGCUGACAAAGGCAAAGCUCAAGGAGGCGCACAGGCGCAUGAUGAUCGCCAACCACCCGGAUCGUGGUGGAGCACCAUACCUCGCUUCCAAAAUCAACGAGGCAAAAGAUCUGCUCGACAAGAUGGUCAGCCGCUAA